GUGCUGAUACUGCCCUACAGUUCAGUUCUAGGGUGGACAAAGUCGUGGACAUCCUUCGUGACGUGCAUGAGGUCAAGGGUCUGUCGGGGCCUAUGCGAGAGAGGCUCAAUUGGGCCACUGAGAUCAUUCAAACCAACAAUCUGUACACCAUAUCAGUCAGCGCAGGGAAGGGCGGAUCGUCAGCAGACGAGGAUGAGGAGGAUGAGCUUGGUCCGAUUCGACAGGAGAUUAACGA